CACACUGACACAGACAAGUGGCUGCCCUUCUAUCAAACACAGCACACAUUAUAGCUCCAUAUACAACACUGAGCUUGCAGUAUAGAUACAGGACACAUUUAAUAGACAUUUAUAUGCACAGCCAUCUAAUAUGCAACUAGAUACAGAGCAAUACUCACAUAAGUAGAUACUAAAGUCAUAUGCAGAUCUCACACACACAGGCUUAGCUCUGACACCAGUUAGUAAGCUCCCCAGUUAUAUACUGAACAGCUACACAUGCAGUUAUAUCCAGGGAGAGAUACAUAAUUAGUACAGAUAUAGCUGCAUACACAUCAUUUUACAACAACACAAAGGUUGGCAGUCUCACUGUUGCUGUUGUACAUACAAAUAUUCAGUAUUUAGAAAUUGCUGUAUAUAAAAGAUGGCUGUCAUUUGCGUAUCCCGUGGGCUCUUUCUUAGGCGCCUCAUUUUGAGACCCCCAUCUCAGCUUGGGACAUCAGGAAAACUGAAUCCAUCGCUGCUAAAGAUUUGUGAAGGUUGCCCCAAAGCUGCAUCAAGUUUCUGCGCUGGAGAGGGGCAUAUACACAAAAGCUGGAUUCGUUGGCAGAGCAGCUCAGUCUCUAACGGAACAAGAGGCCAGGACAGCUCUCCAUCUCUGAAGGAUGUGGCUGUGGGGAUACAGAAGGGUCUAUAUCAGAAGAUCCUGGUUAUGGUUGGAGCGGGGAUCAGUACAGACAGCGGAAUUCCAGAUUUCAGGUCUCCCACAAGCGGACUGUACAGUAAGCUGCAGGAAUUCUCUCUCCCGUACCCUGAAGCAAUCUUUGAUUUAAGAUACUUCCUUCGGGACCCAAAGCCUUUCCUGCGUCUUUCCUUGGAGCUUCUUCCUGGGAAACACAAACCGAAUGCGGCGCACCACUUCCUGCGCCUGCUCAGUGAUAAGGGGUUACUAUUGCGACUAUACACCCAAAACAUAGACGGACUGGAGAGAGUGGCUGGAAUCUCACCUGAAAAGCUGGUGGAAGCUCAUGGUACCUUUUCAUCUGCGACAUGUACCAAGUGUCUUAAAUCCUACCCAGGGGAAACCUUUGGUGAUGCUGUGUUGGAGUUACGGGUUCCUUUAUGUAAAUCCUGUGGAGGAUACAUCAAGCCAGACAUUGUGUUCUUUGGAGAGCAGCUGCCUCCUCGCUUUCUCCUGCACCUGACAGACUUUCCACGGGCAGAUCUCCUGAUUGUUAUUGGGACGUCAUUAGAGGUCGAACCCUUUGCUAGCCUGGUGUAUGCAGUCAGCACAUCCACUCCAAGACUGCUAAUCAAUCGGGAGCCAGUGGGACCGUUCUUGCAUAAUUCCCGGGGGAUCAAUGUGAGUGAACUCACAGAGGUGACUUCUGGCAUCAGACGCUUUGUACAGUUCUUGGGGUGGGAGCGUGAGCUGGAAGAACUGGAGAAAGGCAUCAAGGAUGGUAUCUGACCUGCUUACAGGGCCCUGGAUAUUAAAGGCAGACUGACGAGAAGAGAGAUUGUAUAAGGACCAGAUAAAGAAUAUAUAAGAAUCACAUAGGAAUGGUAUAGAAUCCGUUAACAAUCCUGGAUCACAAAUUGUUGAUUUACAUGUUGUAACUAUUACCAUUUUAUAUUGAGAAAUCUGUAGAAUACGUUAAUAUUAAAGUUAAUAUUUUUCUAAAUGA